AUGCUUUUCUUAGUGGUGUUAGUUGUAUGUAACGUGAACGGUUAUCAUUUGUUGGGUCGACAGAUUUUAUGGUCAAAUUGGGAAAAUGAUGAAUUUGGAGGCUACAGAAAACAAAUUGGUAUUACAGGAAGAGUGUUUGUAACGAUGUUUGGAUUUCCUGCGAAAUGUGAAAAACAAGGAGAGUCGCACGCCUGUACUCUAUCUUUAGCAUGUUGGUUGGUAGGUGGAUCGAGUCAAACAGGAUGUGGUGGUAAUCCUUGGUUGGUAGCCUGCUGCGUUACCAGAAACAAAUACGUACCGUCCGUUAUUCCAUAUGAAGACUACGAUGAUUUACAAGACAGUUUCGAAUUCCAAAAAAAUUCUGGAUAUUUGAUACAAAAAAGAAUAGACGAUUUUCCACUACCGGAAUCGGAAUACGAUGAUUGCGGUUUAUCGGGAGAUCGUAUAUUGAAAAAACGAAUAAUUGGAGGACGCGAAGCUAAUUUUGGACAAUUUCCUUGGCAGGCGUAUAUAAAAAUCGGUACUUUUCAAUGUGGAGGAGUUCUAGUAUCAAGAAAAUUUGUUGCAACUGCCGCACAUUGUAUAUUGAGUGUGAAUGUUGAAAAUAUUUGGAUAUAUUUAGGGGAUCUUGAUAUCCAAGAUACUGGAAUCGUUGAAGAACCGGCCCCAGCUGAUUUACAUAAGGUUCGUAAAAAAGUUAUACAUCCGAAAUUUCGAUAUCGUGCUACGCAGCCCGAUAGAUACGAUUUGGCCCUCCUGGAAUUGGCGAUCGAAGCCAGUAACUAUUUUCAUAUUUCUCCUAUUUGUCUGCCGAGUAAAGAGAUUGAAUUAACAGGAAGGGAAGCAGUGGUUGCCGGUUGGGGAAAAAUUAAGAGAACUAAUGAUUUAAUUGGCACUAAUGUUCUGAGAAGUGCUUCGGUUCCUAUUUUAGAUUUAAACCAAUGCGUUCGUUGGCACGAAAUGAAUAGAAUUUUCGUCGACCUUCACGAGGAAAUGUUAUGUGCAGGUCACGAAAACGGGAAACAGGACGCCUGUCUAGGGGAUUCUGGGGGUCCUUUGAUAGUUCUCGAACGUGGGCGUUGGACUUUGGUAGGAAUUAUAAGUGCAGGUUUUGGAUGCGGUGUACCUCGUCAACCUGGAAUCUAUCAUAAAAUUCCAGUAACGACGGAUUGGAUUAGAAACGUUAUAGCCCAAUAA